AUGACAACGUCAAUGAAGAAGCAACAACUCUAUGGUGAAUAUAUCAAUCCAACAAUUGAUCAAUAUUCACCAAAAAAAGAAAAUCCAUUAGUAUUAAUGGCUCAAGCAUGUAAUAAUAUUGGUAAAGAAUUAUCGUCAUCAUCAUCAUCAUCAUCAACAACAACACUUUCAAUAACAUCAAAACAACGAAAAUCAAAUUCACCAAAUGAAGUAAAAAAAUCUUUAAAACGUACUGCACCAUCAACAUCUUCAAUAUCACCACCAGCAUCAAAAAAGAUGGCAUUUUCUCAACCAACAAUUCCAUCAUCAUUACUUUCAACUAAUCAACAAUCAUUUUAUUAUCCUCCAUCACCAUUUAUGUUCGAUUCUCUUCUUCUUCAUCAUUUAAGUAAAACUUUUACUUCAUCACCAUUCUUUUCAACUACAUCAUUUGGACAUUCAUCAAAUUCAGCUUUUACUCCAUCCUCAUCUCCAUCAUCAUCUCAACGAUCUCCUUAUUUUAUGGAUUCGAUUUUAGCACCAUUAAAUCCAUCACCACCAGCAUUUGUUUGUAAUUGGAUGGAAUCAAAUGUUCCAGAUGGAUUUUGUGGAAAACGUUUUGCAAAUCAUAUGAGUUUACUUGAACAUCUUUGUACAGCACAUACAUCAUUAUCAUCAAUGAAAACGUCAUAUCCAACAUCUAUUUUUUCAUCUUAUUAUUCACCUACAUCGGUAGGUAAACUUUAA